AUGGGGUAUAAAGAGGGCACUGGGGUGGGGCUGCCCAACCCUGAGCACUGGAGAUCAGGGGACAGGCAGCACAGCUGACACUCUGAUGACCUUUUCCCUACAUUCAGCUAUUUUUAGUUCUAGUGCUACCAUCCUCACGUGAGACCCUUUGGGCCCCUCCGGGUUCCCAGACCUCUAAGCAAUCUCAGCUUGCGGAAACCCGGCCCGCCCCUACUCCUGAUUCCCACCACAGAGAGGAGGGGAUUCUGGUUGCCGCCCCACAUCUGUUUUCUCAACCCAAAUUUGGGAGUGGGUGUCAGGUUCCCGGUGAGGGCGGGGCGGGGAUGGCCAGGCCUGAAGGACAUGGGGACACGGGCCAGAGCGACUGGCCCCACACGCAGAGAGGAGCGAACCCAAGCCGUGAGUGGAGUGGGGGGCAACACAGGCCCCCCCAUCGGGCUCAGAGGCCUAGACCAGAGCCGGGGGAGAGGACGGCGCGGGGCCCCUCGCAGUCGGGGCUGGUUGCCUCGCUCCGGACCAACUCUGCUUCCCGGGGCGCAUCUUGCCCCCACUCGGGGGCAGCCCUUCACUGUCCUCGGGGCUCCUGAUGAUUUCCCCGGCUGGACCCCCUUCCCGACCGCUGCACCUCUGUGGCGGAGCUCCCCCGGAACGCGGGCGCGAGGGUUCGGUGGCGGCCGUUGCUCAGGCUGCGGUGCCGGGCCCCAAGCGGGAGGAGGGCGGGGGGCGGCGCAGGCAGGGGCGCUGCCCGCAGGGCGCGGGGGUCUAGGCGCUGAGGGCGGCCGGGGGCGGGGCCAGCCUGAGCCCGCCGGCGCACCCUCCUGCCCCCUCCCAGGUGACGGACAACCUCCAGGAUGGCGGAAGCGCACCAGGCCGUGGCCUUCCAGUUCACGGUGACCCCAGAUGGGGUCGACUUCCGGCUCAGUCGAGAGGCCUUGAAACACAUCUACCUGUCGGGGAUCAACUCCUGGAAGAAACGCCUGAUUCGCAUCAAGAAUGGCAUCCUUAGGGGUGUGUACCCUGGCAGCCCCACCAGCUGGCUGGUCGUCGUCAUGGCAACAGUGGGUUCUUCCUACUGCAAGGUGGACAUCUCCAUGGGGCUGGUCUGCUAUAUCCAGAGAUGCCUCCCCAAGGGAUGUGGCCCCUACAGGACCCCACAUACCCGGGCACUUCUCAGCAUGGCCAUCUUCUCCACGGGAGUCUGGAUGAUGGGCAUCUUCUUCUUCCGCCAAACCCUGAAACUGCUUCUUUCCUACCAUGGUUGGAUGUUUGAGAUGCACGGCCAGACCAGCCACUUCACCAAAGUCUGGGCUGUGAGCAGAAGCCAGUGGACGGGUUCAGGCAUCUGGUUUGAGACUCUGGGGGCCUCAUUUGGGGUUCUGAGCUGGAGGGGAGAGGCAGGCAUGAUACUAUGCCUGGCGCAUUGUUUUGUCCUGGUUCUGAGGGUCGGGGGCCCCACUCCUCAAGUGUUUGCUGUUUGUUUCCAUUAUUUCCCCUGGUUCUCACCAGAAACAUUCUCUGCCCAGAUCUGUGUCCGCCUUCUGUCCAGCCGGCGGCCCAUGCUCUACAGCUUCCAGACAUCCCUGCCCAAGCUUCCCGUGCCCAGCGUGCCGGCCACAGUUCAGCGGUACCUGGAAUCCGUGCGGCCCUUGUUGGAUGAUGAGGAAUACUACCGAAUGGAGACGCUGGCCAAGGAAUUCCAGGACAAGACUGCCCCCAGGCUGCAGAAGUACCUGGUCCUCAAGUCAUGGUGGGCAACUAACUAUGUGAGUGACUGGUGGGAAGAGUACGUGUACCUGCGGAGCAGGGCGCCCCUCGUGGUGAACAGCAACUACUACGUCAUGGACUUUGUGCUCAUCAACAAUACAAACAUACAGGCGGCCCGCCUGGGAAAUGUCGUCCACGCUAUGAUCAUGUAUCGCCGUAAACUGGACCGUGAAGAGAUCAAGCCUGUGAUGGCCCUGGGCAUUGUACCCAUGUGCUCCUACCAGAUGGAGAGGAUGUUCAACACUACUCGGAUCCCAGGCAAGGAGUCAGACCUGCUGCAGCACCUCUCGGACAGCAGGCACGUAGCUGUCUACCACAAGGGCCGCUUCUUCAAGGUGUGGCUCUACGAGGGCUCCCGCCUACUCAAGCCUUGCGACCUGGAGAUGCAGUUCCAGAGGAUCCUGGAUGACCCCUCCCCACCUCAGCCUGGGGAGGAGAAGCUGGCAGCCCUCACUGCAGGGGGAAGAGUGGAGUGGGCACAGGCACGCCAGGCCUUCUUCAGCUCUGGCAAGAACAAGGCUGCUCUGGAUGCCAUCGAGCGUGCUGCUUUCUUUGUCGCCCUGGACGAGGAGUCUCACCACUACGACCCUGAUGACGAGGCCAGCCUCAGCCUCUAUGGCAAGGCCCUGCUGCAUGGCAACUGCUACAACAGGUGGUUCGACAAGUCCUUCACUGUCAUCGCCUUCAAGAACGGCCAGCUGGGCCUCAACACAGAACACGCAUGGGCAGACGCCCCUAUCAUAGGGCACCUCUGGGAGUUUGUCCUGGGCACUGACACCUUCCACCUGGGCUACACGGAGACUGGGCACUGCCUGGGCAAACCAAACCCCAUGCUUGCAGCUCCCCAGCGGCUGCAGUGGGACAUUCCUGAGCAGUGCCGGGCGGUCAUCGAGAGCGCCUACCGGGUGGCCACGGCACUGGCAGACGACGUGGAGUUGUACUGCUUCCAGUUCCUGCCGUUUGGCAAAGGCCUCAUCAAGAAGUGUCGGACCAGCCCGGACGCCUUCGUGCAGAUUGCCCUGCAGCUGGCCCACUUCCGGGACAGGGGCAAGUUCUGCCUGACCUAUGAAGCCUCCAUGACCAGGAUGUUCCGGGAGGGACGGACUGAGACCGUGCGUUCCUGUACCAGCGAGUCCACGGCCUUCGUUCAGGCUAUGGUGGAGGGGUCCCACAUGAAAGCAGAUCUCCAAGAUCUCUUCCGGAAGGCUUCAAAGAAACACCAGAACAUGUACCGUCUGGCCAUGACGGGGGCUGGGAUAGACAGGCACCUCUUCUGCCUUUACCUGGUCUCCAAGUAUCUGGGGGUCAGCUCCCCUUUCCUGGCUGAGGUGCUCUCAGAACCCUGGCGCCUCUCCACCAGCCAGAUUGCUCAAUUCCAGAUCCGUAUGUUUGACCCAGACCAGUACCCCAAUCACCUGGGUGCCGGUGGUGGCUUUGGCCCUGUGGCAGAUGAUGGCUAUGGGGUUUCCUACAUGAUCGCAGGCGAGAACACCAUCUUCUUCCACAUCUCCAGCAAGUUCUCAAGCUCAGAGACAAAUGCCCAGCGCUUUGGGAAGCACAUCCGCCAAGCUCUGCUGGACAUCGCUGAUCUCUUCCAAGUUUCCAAGGCUGACAGCUGAGGGCUGGAGAAAUGCCAGCUGCCCUUUCAUCCCCACAUUGUGGAGGAAGGGGCCUGCGGUCGGCUCGCAGGCACAAGGGGUCUCCAUGCACAGGUGUCCAGGCUCCAAGGACAGCUCUGGCAGCAGGCACUUCCCAGGCAGAUGCUGAGGGCCCAGGUGGUGGAAGUGGGGUUGGAGCAGGGAGGGAAUUUUGAUUUUUUUUUUCUUGCUAGACACUAAUAAAGAUAAGCCUCUAUAAUUCUCUUAGCUCUUAGGUACCUCUGUUUUGUUUGGGAACUAGGAGACCCUCCCCUGCCCAAGCUCAGACCAGAGAGGUAGCAGAGAGAGGAGAUGGGGCUGGGAGACUGAGAGGCUUGUGACCUACUUUGAAACGCAUGUCUCUCCUGAGGUCACCACUGUCCACACCCACUUGGAAUAAAUUCUUGCUUCAGAACUUCACCUGUUCCCUGGGGCACUUCUGUUUGUCUGCCAGAGAGUGGGGCCCAGCUGCUAUCUCCGUGAACGGCCAUGCCCUCUGCACGCCUCUAGGCUGGAGCACCACCCUGUGGAGGCCCACGGCCUCCUCCUGGCCAUAGGGAAGGGCUGUAAUCCCAGCCCGCAGUCAGCGUGCCAAGUGGUCAUGUCUGUGAGAGGGCACACAGUCUAAUCUGGGGCAACACAUGCUCCAUCCCUCAG